AUUCAUCUUGGCCCACAAGCCGAGGAACAUUACACUUUUCACCCGAAGGAAAGCAUAACUUGGAACUUUAUCUUGGGAAUAAAGUGUUAUAGAAGGUAAAUUCAGAACUCAAAAGACCUCGCCUUUCUUUCAACGCGAACAAAGUCCUUUACUGUCAUAUAAAACUCACUAUAUUUCCCUCCUAAAAAGAACUUGCGCUCAUCUCUACCUUUCUCUUACCCUUCCCAAGUUCCAAAAUGGGCUUUGCCAGUUUUCUUCUUAUUCUCAUUAUAAUGCCUUCUCUUCAAGCUUUUUCUAGCAAAGAUUUAACCACAGAACCCUUGAUCAUUCAAGCCUGCGUGGAAGUUGAAAACUGGGAUUCAUGCCUAAUGAAUAUCCGGGCGGAGGUUCAAAGAAUAGGUCCUCCAACCCCAGAAUCAGUACUUACUGCUGCACUCAGGGCUUCUCUGAAUGAAGCAAGACUAGCUGUUCAAACCAUUACAAAGUUCACUUCCUUCUCUGUCAGUUACCGCGAGCAGAUAGCAAUUGAGGAUUGCAAGGAGCUCCUGGAUUUCUCCGUCUCUGAGCUGGGCUGGUCGUUAUCGGAGAUGGGGAAAAUCCGAGCAGGUGACAGAAAUCCACACUACCAAGGGAAUCUGGAAGCCUGGUUGAGUGCUGCAUUGAGCAACCAGGACACAUGCCUUGAAGGCUUUGAAGGAACGGACAGGCAUCUGGAAAGCUUCAUCAAAGGAAGCCUGAAUCAAGUCACCCAACUCAUCAACAACGUUCUGGCUAUGUAUACUCAGUUACAUAGCUUACCCUUUAAACCGCCUGUAAACAGCACUGGAUUUACAAGUUCAGUAUUUCCGGAGUGGAUGACAGAAGGUGACAAAGAGCUUCUCCAUGCCAGUCCAGUUGGGAUGCACGCGGAUGCAGUGGUAGCAUUGGAUGGGACUGGACAUUACCGGACGAUCACAGAUGCUAUCAAUGAUGCUCCAAGUUACAGUAGUAGGAGGUAUGUGAUCCAGGUGAAGAAGGGAGUUUAUAGUGAGAACGUAGAUAUGAAGAGGAAGAAAACCAAUAUAAUGCUUGUAGGAGAUGGAAUGGGAGAAACUAUUGUGACUGGUAACAGGAACUUCAUGCAAGGAUGGACCACUUUCCGAACUGCAACUGUUGCUGUCUCGGGUCAGGGAUUCAUAGCAAGAGACAUGACAUUCCGGAAUACAGCCGGACCCAAAAACCACCAGGCCGUGGCCCUACGAGUUGAUUCUGACCAGUCAGCCUUUUACCGGUGCAGUAUGGAAGGCUACCAGGACACCCUCUAUGCCCACUCCCUUCGCCAAUUCUACCGCGAAUGUAGCAUUUAUGGCACCAUUGACUUCAUUUUUGGCAAUGGUGCUGCUGUCCUACAGGACUGCAAAAUGUUUUCCAGGGUCCCAUUACCACUACAGAAGGUCACAAUCACGGCUCAGGGACGGAAAAGCCCUCAUCAGAGCACCGGGUUUUCAAUCCAAGGCAGCUCCGUUCUUGCUACCCAACCAACCUUUCUGGGAAGGCCCUGGAAGCAAUAUUCCAGGACAGUUUUUAUGAACACUUACAUGAGUAGUAUGGUGCAGCCUAGAGGGUGGCUUGAGUGGAAUGGUGACUUUGCACUGAACACCUUGUGGUAUGGUGAGUACAAGAACUAUGGGCCAGGGGCGUCGUUAGCUGGGCGGGUCAACUGGCCUGGUUACCACAUUAUUAAGGAUGCCGCCACAGCAAAAUUCUUCUCUGUGGAACAGUUCAUUGACGGCCUGUCAUGGUUACCGGCAACCGGUGUCAAGUUCACUGCAGGUAUUGAUUAGAGUCUUUGUUUUUGAACGGAUCCAAAGUAUGGCAGCUUCAAUUUUUAUAUACAUAUACAUGUAUGAGGGAGUUUGAUUGUUUGUUUUUUUGUUUUGUUUUGUUUUUUGUUUUUGUUUUUUCUCUUGGUCUUUUGUUUUUUGGAUAUUCACAUGUAUGAAUGAGUUAGCUAGUUAAGUAGUGUUAUUCCUAAUUUAAUAUUUUGAUUGAACCUGAUGAGGGGUUACAUACUUACAUAAAUAAAGAUGGUUUUUUAUU